GAUGGAAGAUUCCUAGCUAAGCCCACACAUAACCUUUUUUCCCCCACCCUAGCCACGCCACUGAAUGUACUGUGUUAUUUCAAAUAAACAAAAGUGUAAUACUUGUAGGUACUUUUGAUCCAACAACGAAAGUAAACCAGAAUUGUACGAUGUUUCCAGGCUUGAUAAUUAGAUCAAUUAAGGCUUUAUUUAUUAUAAUUAGUGCAUUACUGUAAUUGAUACCGAUAAAAGACGUGUCGUAUCGCGAACUGGGACUCACUUCGACAAAUGUGAGUGUGCUGGGUCGUGGGUUGGUUAGCCAAAAAAUUUGGAGUACUUCUAGUUGAGUGUAUAUUUAGUUUAGGAAGUCUGUGAUAGCAGGCCUCUCUCUCUCUCUCUCUCUCUCUCUCUCUCUCUCUGUGUAUCAUUGUGAAGAGACAGGAAUCAGCUAGCAGAAGCUGGGACUGACUCUCCUGAGUGUGAACAGUGCAUAGUGCAAGUGCACCUCGUGAGGUCACGUAAAGUCACGAGAGAACAGCUUCCACUUUACCUGAGAUUAUUGGUAAGUUUUGAAGCCAAACAUGUUGGAGCGUGGUGCUGGAACUGUUUAUAUAUAUAAAUAUUUAAAUUUGAUCUGUAGAUUUAGGAAUAGGCAAUUGCAAUAACACUGACAGGAGCUGGAAAGCUUACGGUUCUAAUCGAUUCAGAUAUUUAUCACAAGUGUUGAAACAACUCCAUCAUCACGUCCUCUAGAUUGUUCUAUUACUUGGAUAGAACAUUUGGUUGCAAUAUACAACAUGAAUAGAACAACACUUCUAAAAGUCUAUUGAAUUUAUUAAUUGACUGAGAACAAGGUCAGGCUCUGUUUCUGCUGGCCUUGACCUUUGACAAUAACUGCGUUUCGCUUCAAAAGGCCUUCUUUACAAGAGUGUUUCAACGACUGAAAGAUUUCUAUAUAGUCUGCAUUUAGUUUGGACAUUUCAAUUCACUUAAAUAUUUUUGACAUUGGAAUUUAUACUUUGAAUUGUAUUCCAUAUGUAUCGCAGUACUUUUUGUAGGACUAUAUGGGAUGCAUGGUCGAGAGGCUAAGUACUCUUGAACUUAGCUUGGCUUGGCUACCUUUGGAGGGGUUCGACACACGACUCGGGCAGAGUUGUGUUUACUGAGCGCCUAAAGGCAGCACGGAAAACCUUCUCCCAGAUAUCCCCUCCCCCCGCUGGUCCACAAAUGAGAUGUGCAAAUAACGCUCUGAGCAUGCGAUAUAAAAAGAAAAGCUAUAUAUAUUGAAAAGCUAAACGCAAGUUCAUCAUUGAAACAGAAUGUCGUUGCAAAAUGAGACUGAGGAUAAUUGGUUUCGAGGACAGACAGAACUGAAAAUCUUCAGAACAGAAUAUCGUCCAUUCCAUGCGUACAUUUCAUUGGUCAUUAGUGUGUUUGGAAUUAUAGGAAACAGUUUAAACGUGUUCAUUUUGACAAGGAAAAAGAUGAUCUCAGCAAUGAAUAUUCUUCUGACGGCCCUGGCGGUGUCUGAUGGUCUGAAAUUGAUCUUUCAUCUUACGUUUAUUGUGUUAUUCUUUUUUGUAUAUGACAGUGCGCUUGGCCCUUUAGUUAUGGUUAGUUAUGCAAUGUUCUAUUUCAUUGUGGCAAUUGUGUUUCACAGUGCCUCUAUUUGGCUGACUGUUUCAUUAGCAAUAUUUAGAUAUAUCGCCAUUAGGUUUCCACUGCGGGCAGCCACCUUGUGUAGCCGAUACAGAGCUAAGGUGACUAUCUUCAUAGUUUGUGUUUUGGUUACAGUUAUCUGCAUUCCUAAUUCUCUGAGUUAUUCUUAUGUUAGUAAUAAGUCAGACAAUGUGACAAAUUGGUAUAUUACAGUCAUAGGUGGAAUGGAAGGUUAUAAUUUCGUUCAAAAAUUGAACUUAUGGUUUUCCCCCUUUCUUGUGAGACUACUCCCUUGUUUGUUGCUUUUGCUGUUAAGCUUUUUAUUAAUUCAGGAACUUAGGAGAGCUGCCGAAAGGAGUUUGAAAUUAAGAAGUCAGGAAAACGAUCCCAGUGACGACACAAUCCAGAAACGAACCGAGACCAACAGGACCACUGGAAUGUUGGUGGUCGUGGUGGUACUCUUUAUAGUGAUUGAGUUGCCUCAUGGGAUUCUGCUUAUUUUAGUGGCGACGAACAGAGGCUAUUUUUAUGAUGUAUAUGAUCCGUUAGGUGAUCUCAUUGACGACAUCACUUUGCUGAACAAUGGAAUUAACUUUGUCAUCUACUGCACAAUGAGCCAAAAAUUUCGCGAUACUUUCAUUGCAAUGUUCUCCUGCAGCAAAGUGAAUUGUUAAAGGAUAUACGGUAUACAUAAUAAUAAUAAUAACAAUAUACCCCAUUGUUAUAUCAACCGAGGGGAUAAUAACAACUGACCUCACAAACACCUUCAAGGCCCUUAACAUUCCUAGGAACAUCUUCGUUGCCUGUCAGAGGGCGGUACUGCUGCAGACCUGCCACAUCACCAGAAAAUUCCUCAGUGGAAACUGUUAAAGGGACUACGAUGAAUUUUGUUUUUCUUUAGCGAAACUCGACCCUGGCAGCGCCAGAGAAUGACUACUCGUUCAUUUCUAACAUAAUAAUAAUAAUAAUAAGUCUUUGAGUCCGAAAAUUAACGAGGAAUACGAAUACAGAAUUUCCCUAACUUACAGCACAGACAUAUGACAAACUCAUACUCAUAUGGCAGCUAAGAAUAUUAGUUAAACAAUAAUAAUGCCCGUCUAGAAUUUCGGAAAAAUAUUUUCAGCUAUCCCCUAAACCUAGCUGUGAUCAAGUAUUUUUUUUUUAUUUGGUUUCUAUGUCCGACGGUUAACAAAAGUUUUCAUUUGGCCAGCACAACGACUAACCGCCUUUACUUUCCCCAACUAAUGCCCCAUACAGAUAAUUAUUUUAAAUUUGUAGAUAAACUCUGCUAGACGUAGAUGAAGAAAUUAAGGGUGAAGGCUAUUGAGACAUUCGGAUAGCUCAUUCUUAGCUAGAAUAUAUUUUUCUUGAACGGGCUAAAAUUACUUAGGGAAUUUCCGAUUUCAUUUUAAGAUUUAGAUAAGUGAAUGUUCUGGGCAUCGAGCUCUUAUCUAGAUUUAAAGGCCUAUUAUUGGAAUUUUAUAAAGUGUAAUAGAUCUUAUCUUAUAUAAUACAGACGUUACUUCAAAAAAAAGAAGAUGAUUACGUCCUACGCGUCAUGCAUUUAGUCAUGCAUAUUCAUUGGC